AUAUUUAUAUAAAAAAAAAUAUAUAUAUAACCCCACUUUUUAUUAACAAAUAUAAAAUCCCCUUCUCCUUUUCUAAUCUUUUUUUCUACUUAUUACCAUGACUGCAAACAACACAACAUUCUACAAUGCUAUUCAAUUAAACAAUAUCACAUUAAAAAAACCCAUUGCACCUGUGGACAAAGCCAAUAUUCCAAGACCUUACAAGUGUCCUAUUUGUCCAAAAUCAUUUUAUAGAUUAGAACAUCAAACUCGCCAUAUUCGUACUCAUACAGGUGAAAAGCCUCAUCCUUGCACAUUUCCUGGUUGCAGCAAACGAUUCUCUCGUUCAGAUGAACUUACCCGCCAUGCUCGUAUUCACACCUGUCCGAGCAAAAGAAGGGCUCGUAAGAGUGCAAGAACAGCCAAGAUAAUUCAACAUCAGAUUCGCUCUAUGCCUCCUUCUCCGGCUUUAUCAGCUAGUUCACACUUUUCGCAAGAGAAUGACGAUUUACUCACUCCCGAUCAAUCACCUACCCUUUCUCCUACUUUACUCACUCCUGCCACUUCUCCUAAAAUGGUGCCAAUCAAACUAGCUCCUUUGGAAUGCAAUCUGGAUAGUAUGCGUCAACAACAACUACAACCUCAGACUCACCCCUCCGAUAUCAACUUACUCGAUCUGCUCGAUAGACCUCCCCAAGCACGCGUAUUACCCCCUAUUCUUCCAAACACUUUACCAUCCAUUCAUACUUUAUUUCCAUUCUAAGAAAGUUGCAUUGUAUUUUUAUUAUUUGUAUAGAAUUUUCCCUCAUUUAUGUGUACAUAAUCAUUUUCUAUUUUUUACCAAUAAAAAAUAUAAUAUAAAAACAGCUCCGUAAUUUCCCUAACAAAUUAGAAAUA